CUCCUCCUCCUCCUCCUCCUCCUUCUUUUUCUUCUUAUUUUUUUUCGCUUUCCUUCAUUCACUCACUAAUUUUUUUUUCGUUUUAUUCUUUUUCUUUCUUUCUGCUUUAUUGUUUUUUCUUAUUUUUUUUUUGUUUUUCUGAUUUUUUCUUUGUUUUUUCUUUUAUUUUUUUCUUUGUUUUUUUUUUCUUUUUUCUUUUCUUUUAUUUAUUUCCCAUUUUUCUUUGUUUUUCUUCUUUCUUUUUGCUUAAUUUUUUUUCUCGUCAGGUUUAACAGCAAAAAAAAAAAAAAAAAAAAAAAAGUCACACUCGUUCACAACCAUUCAUCAUUCUUUUCUUUUUUUCAAACAUCAACUUUUCUUCAUUUUUUCUCUUACUUUAUUUCGGCUGCUUUAUUUUAUGUUUUGUUUUUUCUCGUCAGGUUUAACAGUACAAAAGUCACACUCGUUCACAACUUUCUUCUUUUUCUUUUCUCAAACUUUUCCUUUUCUUCCCUUUUUCAUUUAUCACAUUUAUCAUAAUUAUAUUCUUUUCAUGUUAAACUUCAAAAUAAAAAAAGUCACAUUCGUUCACCUUUUCUUUCUUUUUCUUUUUUUCUUCAAACUUUUCCUUUCCUUCCCUUUUUCAUUUAUCACAUUUAUCAUAAUUAUAUUCUUUUCAUGUUAAACUUCAAAAUAAAAAAAGUCACAUUCCUUCCUUUUCUUUCUCUUUCUUUUUUUCUUCAAACUUUUCCUUUCCUUCCUUUUUCAUUUAUCACAUUUAUCAUAAUUAUAUUCUUUUCAUGUUAAACUUCAAAAUAAAAAAAUCACAUUCGUUCACCUUUUCUUUCAUUUUCAAACUUUUCCUCUCUUUCCUUUCUUACUUUCUUUUGAGUGUUUUGCGAACGCUUACAACUAUUUUAUUUAUAUUUUUUUCCGCCACAAACUUUUUCUCGUUUCCAGCAGACCUUCAGUUUCUUUUCGUUGCGCUUCGAAUGUCACGUUAAGUUAAAACCAAAACUUAAACUUUCCACAACUCCUCGUCUUUCUUCGUUCUGUUUCGUCUCUCUCUCUCUCUCUCUCUCUCUCUCUCUCUCUCUCUCUCUCUCUCUCUCUCUCUCUCUCUCUCUCUCUCUCUCUCUCUCUCUCUCUCUCUCGCCCACUCUUCAUUUUUCAUCAAGCAUUCCUUUCCUUUCUGUUUUUUUUCACAUAUUUUAUUUAUUUUCUAUUUUCUGACGUUUUUUUGAGCUCAGUAAAUUUUCUUUCUUUUCUUUUCUUUUCUUUUCUUUUCUUCCCUCUUUUUCUAGUCUCUUUUAUGUUCCUCCUCCUCUUUUACGAAUACCUUAUAUCCUUUCUUUUUCUCUCUUCCUUCCUUCCUUCCUUCUUUUCUUCGGUUCACCAUUUUCUCUCUUUCUUUCUUCUUUCUAUUUCGUCAGGGUCUUUUCCGUUCCUUCCUUUUCCUUCACUAAGUUUUUCUCUCUUCCUUCAAUCUUUCUUUCCUUCCUUCCAUUUUUCUUUUUCUCAUUUCUUUAUUUUAUCUUUCUCUCUUCUUUUUUCUUUCCUUUUUGUCUGUCUUUUUUCUUCCUUCCUUCUCCCUCACCAAUACUUUCUCUCUUCCUUCAAUCUUUCCUUCCUUCUUUCUUCUCUUCGUUUCUUUAUCUUAUCUCUUUCUUCUUUCUUCUUUCCUUUUUGUCUGUCUUUUUUCUUCCUUCUCCUUCACCAAUACAAGACUUUCUUUCUCCCUUCCUUCCUUCAAUCUUUCUUUCCUUCCUCCUUUUCUUCGUUUCUUUAUUCUCUCUCUCUCUUCCUUCCUUUUCUUCACCAAAACUUUCUCGCUUCCUUUCAGGCUUUUCCUUCCUUCCUUCUUUUCUUAGUUUCUCUAUUUCUUCUCUCUUUCUUUCUUCUUUCCUUUUCGUCUAUCUCCUCACGUUCCUUCCUUCUUCAUCACCAAUACAAGAUUUCCUUCCUUCCUCUCUCUCUUUCUUUCUUCCUUCCUUCUUUCCUUCGUUCCUUCCUUGUUUUCUCAUUCUCGUUUCAUUAUUUUCUCUCUCCCUUUCCUUCAGUUUCUUCACUAAAACUUUCUCCCUUCCUUCAGUCUUUCCUUCCUUCUUUUCCUCGACUAUAUUUCUUUCUUCUUUCCUUUUUGUCAGUGUCUCCUUCCUACAACCACCACCACCAUCACCACUACCACCACGAACACUCACAACCGUCUAUACCAACCUCACUCACCCACCCACACACUCACACUCGCACCAAAAUACCACCACAGCCUGCGCGGACACUUGAACACCUUAUCACUAACGUCUCGGGCGAUAAUAAGCCUUCACUUAACUCUUCAUCAUCGUGCUAUCGUGUAUCCUUAACCUCCCACACAGCCGGUAUCAUCGCUAUCAACGCUAAACAAACACUCAACUGACGAUUUACCAACGCGAGUCAUCAAGGCGAGAGAGAGUAGGGAAGAGGAGAGAAGGAGGAGCAGGGAGGAAGGGGGUACUAUAUAAAAAGUGCGGUGUCCUUCAAGAUUCUCCUCUCUAUAACCUGCUUCUAUUUCCAGCGUUUCCAUUACUACACCGGGGAGGCGGGAGGAGGUUGCGCGCCGACGGACUCCCUUAAAGCCGGAAUCGAACGUGCGCCCACAUAUUCCUAGCGAGGCGUGAACCCAUUACACCACGGGGGAAAAUAUCCACCUGGACAGGGCUAAUUGUAAGCUAGCACACCUGAGAUAGAGCGAUUAGCAGAAGGGGUGAGAGAAGAGCGUGUGGAUAAAGGUGGGAGGGGAGGUGAUUAGGGUGAUUUGAGGCACACUUGGACGAACAAAUGUGGUAGAUAGAUAGAUAGAUAGAUAGCGAUAAUGGAGAAGUGAGAUGGGAGGAAGAGAAGGAAGAGAGAGAAAAGGGAGUAUAAGGGAGAUUGAGAAAAGGAAAGAACGAGGGAGGUGAAAGAAGGGAGAUUAAAGGGAGGAAAGGGAGAGUAAGUAGAAGAGGGAGGUGAAAGGAGGGAGAAGGGA